CGCCCCCGCCGUGCGCGAGCGCGCGGGGACGCGGCGCGGCCUGGCCCGGCCGCCCGGUGCCCGCCGCCUCCCCGCCCCCGCCCCGCCCCUCGCCGCCGCCGCUUCGCCGGCCAUGAGGCCCAGCCGGCGCCCCAGCGCGGCCCUGCGUCGCGGCUGCUGAGCCUCCGCCCUCCCCGCCACCACCAUCGCCGUCCCCGCCCGGGUGGGGACCCCCCCCCCCUUCGCUCCCCUCCUUCCUCACAGUCGCCGCCAUGUUGGGCCGGGAGCCGCAGCGGGGCCGCCACUGAGCCCCGGAGCCUGCGAGGCGGAGGAGGUAGGCGGAGGAGGAGGCGGAGGAGGAGCCCGGGGCCUGGCCGCCCCGUACAGCCCAGCCGGCCGGCCGCCCAGCCGCAGCCAUGGCGGAGCAGACCUACUCCUGGUAUAGUGACACGGGACUUUAGCUGUGGUUUGUGCCUGCACUUGGGGAAGCUCCUGUAGCCAUGCUUUGGUCCACCCCUGGAACAGCAUCGUUCUAGCCUUCAUUUGCUGGGCUUGACAAAAAUCUGGUGUGGACCACCUGGGAUCUCUGAUGGCAUACUCCCUUGUGGAUUCCAGUCAAGUGUCUACUUUCCUGAUUUCCAUUCUCCUCAUAGUCUAUGGCAGUUUCAGGUCUCUUAACAUGGACUUUGAGAAUCAAGACAAAGAGAAAGACAAUAGCAGCACUGCCGGGUCUUUUAAUGGCAACAGCACCAAUAACAGUAAGGGUAUUCAAACCAUUGAUUCUACCCAGGCAUUGUUCCUGCCGAUCGGAGCGUCUGUGUCUCUCCUAGUUAUGUUCUUCUUCUUUGAUUCAGUUCAAGUUGUCUUUACAAUAUGCACAGCAGUCCUUGCAACAAUAGCUUUUGCUUUCCUUCUGCUCCCGAUGUGCCAGUACUUAACACGGCCUUGUUCACCUCAAAACAAGAUUUCCUUUGGCUGCUGCGGGCGUUUCACUGCUGCUGAGUUGCUCUCAUUUUCUCUGUCUGUGAUGCUUGUCCUUAUCUGGGUCCUAACAGGCCACUGGCUCCUCAUGGAUGCUCUGGCUAUGGGCCUGUGCGUUGCAAUGAUAGCCUUUGUUCGGCUGCCGAGCCUGAAGGUUUCCUGCUUGCUACUCUCUGGGUUACUAAUUUAUGAUGUCUUUUGGGUCUUUUUUUCUGCCUACAUCUUUAACAGCAAUGUUAUGGUGAAAGUAGCCACACAACCAGCUGAUAAUCCCCUUGACGUUCUAUCCCGGAAACUUCACCUGGGACCAAAUGUGGGUAGAGAUGUUCCCCGUCUGUCGCUGCCUGGUAAACUUGUAUUUCCAAGUUCCACAGGCAGCCACUUCUCUAUGCUGGGGAUUGGAGAUAUUGUGAUGCCAGGUCUUCUGCUCUGCUUUGUCCUGCGUUACGAUAACUACAAAAAGCAAUCCAACAGUGAUUCCUGUGGUACCCCGGGACCCGGGAACAUCUCUGGACGUAUGCAGAAGGUCUCUUACUUUCACUGCACACUUAUUGGAUACUUUGUAGGUCUAUUAACUGCAACAGUAGCUUCUCGUAUUCACCGGGCAGCCCAGCCUGCCCUACUGUAUUUGGUACCAUUUACUUUAUUGCCGCUCCUCACCAUGGCCUAUUUAAAGGGCGAUCUACGUCGCAUGUGGUCUGAGCCUUUCCACUCCAAGUCCAGCAGCUCCCGUUUCCUGGAAGUAUGAUGGAACAGAUAGAAAGUGACCUGAACUUCUGCCUUGGUCCUUCUCACUUUAACAUGAGGCUUUGCUGUCUCCUAAAGCUGGACUGGCUGGUACUCGGGGAGGUACCACUUCCGGGACUCGUAUGAAAGGACUUUGUAUUAAGAGGAAAAGGGGGAAAAAAAAAACCGCUAAGAUCCUGGAGCUCCGUGUGACUCUGUAUCUCCCUGCAGAUGUGGAAUUGGGGACCCUUUGUGGAACUGCAGCCACUUUCCUCUUUUCCUCACUCGGAUGGAUUAGUACCAGACUACUACCUUUGUGAGAGAGGAAGAGACAGAGUUGAAACUGAAAACGGCUUGGAGUCGUUCAAAAACUUGUGAACACUAAAAGAAAAAACAAUUAAGCAAAUUGAAGCUUCUUCAGAGAACCCCUUGUGGACAUUGGGACCAGUUUCCUGCUGGACAUUGGUUUUGAAAAGAACUGAGACAGAAGGUCUUCUGUCACAAUACUGGGUUUUUUGAUUUAUUAAAUAUUUCCUGUGGUGUGAGGUUACUUAUUAAAUCCACAGACAUCGAGUGACUUCUUGCAGUAUACAUAUAAAAAUUUGUUGUAACGAGUUACAUUUCCACCCAGAUGUCAUGUUGCAGUGAAAAAGGGCACGAUUUUUAUACAUAUAUAUAUACACACAUAUAGAUAUAUAUAUGAAUAAAUAAAAAGGAAAACCUGCUAAGAUCAUGCUAUGUAGCAGACAGGGGCUUGCUGUAAUUUUUAGCAUGUAGAGCAGUUUACUAUGGCUUUCUUGUAUAUGGAUUUACAAUGAGCUGCUGUUUCCUCGCCCCCCAGCUGAACCUGCAGUUAAAACCCAAGUGUAGUAUUUGUACUGAUUGUACUCAUGGACUUUAGGGGAUACUCGAUUUUGAUCAAUGUAGCAAACUAGGGAAGAAACAAGGUCAAAGCCAACCCUGUUCGUUGGAGGGGGGAGGGGGUGGGGGGGGUUCUUUUUUUUCUUUCUUUCCUUUUUUUUUUUUGUUGUGUGUGGGUUUUUUUUGUUUUUUUUUUUUAAACAAACAGCUCCCUUGCAGGUUUUUGGUAGUUCCUUCUUGACCCAGUGCAUGUAUUAUAGCAGCAAUUGUCUUUGUGCUUUCUGAUCAUAGUAAUGUAUCACUUGUAAAUACAUUUUUUCUAUUUUCUAUUUUUUUGUAUUUUUUGCAUUUUGUUUCAUUAGUGUGCUGUAUUUUUUCCAUGCCCCUGCCCCUUAAAGAAACGAGAAAAAAAAAAAAAAAGAAAAAAGAAAACUGUC